ACCGACGUCAUCCCUGCAAAACAGUCGCCAAGCCGUCAUGUAAACAGGAAGAACUCGUCAACAUUAGAGUUAGAGGGACCUUAAAAUACGGUUUUCUACUGUAUACGACUAUUUUUUCCACUUGUUGGCUUCCAGUUUAAUUACUUUAAAUGCUCGUGCAGUGCUCUGCUUUAAUAUUUACGAUCAGCGGUGCAACCAUGCACAUUAAAGAGGAGACGAUGGACAUUUUAAAGCAGUUCGACAUUGGAAACAAGUUCUCAUUCGUCCCGGUGCUGCCCAAAGCCUCUGUGCUGAUCCCACUGUUUGUGAAGAAAGGAGAGCUGCACACCUUGAUGACCCUGCGCUCCAAACAGCUGAGGUCCAGUGCUGGUGAGGUGUGUUUCCCCGGCGGGAAGAGGGACCCCAGUGACAGAGAUGAUGUGGACACAGCACUGAGAGAGGCACAGGAGGAGAUAGGUCUACCACCAGAGGAGGUUCAGGUGGUCUGUAGACUCUUCCCCAUCAUCAGUAAGGGUGGUUUGUUGGUGACCCCGGUUGUUGGAUUCAUAGAGGAGUCCUUCUGUCCCCAUCCGAACCCAGCUGAGGUCAGCGCCGUGUUCCAAGUCCCUCUGGAGUUCUUCACCAGCGAGAAGGACCAUUGUACUGCCCACGGGGCUGCUGGGAUGGUGGGGCCGAUGCACUCUUUUCACUUUGUGGACCCCGGUUCAGGAACCCAGUAUCACAUAUGGGGACUGACUGCCAUGUUGGCCAUACUGGUUGCUGCCCUCGCUCUCAGGAAAAAGCCUGAGUUUGAUGUUGGUUUUGACUCUGAGGAUCCGUCGUCUUUCUUCCAACAGAUUCUACAUAGAAGAAUUAGUAAACUAUGACCAGUAUUUACAAUGUUAGUGACACAUUUGUGCCAAUACAAGACAGAUUUGUUAUAUAAUCAAAUAGUAUUGAUUUACUGUAUUAAUUGUGGGGAUUAAAGUGCAAUGUGAAACCUUACUAAUAACUUUUUUUUAUAACUCCUGCAUCUAAAAAAUAAGCAGAUCUAGACACUCAGGUUUUUAUUAAUUCAUUUAAUGUAGCAGCAGGAUUACAGAUAUAAACAGAAGAGUAUACAAAUGUCCAGACCAAGGCAAAUUACAUGUUAAUAAUAGUUCAGAUGUAUGAUAACACACUGGGGUUGACCUUUAUCCCGACUGCAGGGUUUUAAGGCUAGAUACUAAAGCUCAAGCUACACAGAACGGAUACAACAGAACUGUUGGAGAAUGUGAAAUAGAAAGCGAACUAGGAAAAGUGAGCAAACUGAUUACACACAAGAUACAGCUCACACUAUUGGCAAUUUAACAGUUAAUUUAUCAUGGUUGCUCCUUUUGAUCAAGCAUUUCACAGCAACAAUAGUAAUGUUGACAAGCACAUCAACACAAGAAAGCUCUCCAUAAAACAAUCUCCACUGUCUCGUCCCUUUUACCUCACAUGUACAAAUCUCAUGAGGCAUGAAAAAAACAAAAAAAAAACAUUUUCAACAGAAAAUAACAAUUUGACAAUUCACUGGUGAAGCUGCACAAUAUUAUGUUGUAGAGUACUUACUCUGAUAUCUUGUAAUGGAUUUCCAAGAGAAAAGGUUUAUAAAAUACAUCAGUGUGGGCUAUGGUUAUGCUUGUGUUUAUAAAAUAAAAAUUCAAAUCAUGAAAACUGUCCUGAUGUUAAACAGUGAAUAAAAAGGACAUGGAGCCAAAUAGCAGUGACACAAAAGGGACACCAGUAAACACAGCAGAGUAACAGUUAAGUUAUCAAGGCACACAAAGUUCUGUUGAAAGCAUCACAAUUGAAAUUCAAGAUACCCCCUGCAGUAUAUUUCACAUUUAAAUAUACAUGGAUAUUCAUUUACAUGACUGAAGGACAAAACCGAUAUUGAGUAAAGAUUUGUGUGCUAUCUUCACCACCAAUAAAUUCAUGUUUCACA